GGCCAUUUCCGCUUCCCGGACUUCAUUGCUCACUCACACACACGAUACCCUACCGGCGGUCCUUCCCCUCAGAUUCCUUAGCAUACAGCAUGGCAAAGGGGACAAAACAAGCCCAAGGUGGCUCGCGAGGACCUUCAUCGUCAUCUUCGUCUGUGCCAAGGUGGGACAAGGUGGGAGACAUACCCAUGGACGAAGAGGAUGAUUUCCAUCACAAUCGCGACAAGGUUCUGCUGGAAGGCCAAAGCGAUGAUGACGAUGACUCUGACAUUGGCGCCGAUCAGCGUGAAGUCCUCGGUCUAGCUGGCUCGGACCUGGAAGACUCUGACGAGGAUGACGGGGACGUCUCCGAAGACGACGACGAGAGCGGCGAAGGCUCUUCCUCUCAAAAGCCACGUCAGUACAAGCGCUUAGAGAAGGAGAAGCUGGCUAGGGAGGCAGCUCCACUCUCAGAUGACGAGGACGUACAACUGUCCGACUCGGGGGAUGAGGACAUUGCACGAUGGGGGUCCAACAAGAGGGCUUACUACAACACCAAUGAUCUCGAUGAGAUGGACUCGGAUUCGGAAAUUGACGAAGAGGAAGCGCGAAGGUUAGAGUUGGACGAGGUGAAGAAGUUGCAGGCCAAGACAAGGAGAGGUAUGGAGGACAGCGAUUUCGGCUUGGGUGAGGCUGAUGAACUGGGCGGAGCAGAGGAAGGAGGCAAAGGUGUCAAGGACCGCGAAAGGCGGAGAGCAGAGCUCGAUGGCGUACCUAACGGAGACCAGAAGGUCAGCCCAGUCGCAGCCUCUACUGCUCCUUCCGUACAGGAGCUUCCUGCAGACCCUCUAGCUCGAGCUUCGCUCCUGGUCCAGCUGCAGAAGACAUCCCCGGAGACAAUAGCUCUCGCUGGGGAGUACGCCGAUGCUGUAGAUCAGAUGAUCCGGAUCAAGUCUGCUCUCCCAGAAUUCGAGAGGAACACGCCUCAGCAUAAAGGUCUCGGCAUGAUCCACAUGCACUACCAGGCUCUUGCCACCUACAUAACGACUCUCACGUUCUACUUUCAUCUGCGAGCCUCGCCUCGGUACGCCUCGCAACCGGCGCUGUUGUCGGGGCAUCCCAUCUUGGAGAGAAUCCUCAAGCUCAAAGAAGGGCUCACCAAUAUGGAAGAUCUAGGCUUUGCUCUCCCUACCGAGGAGGAGAUGGCAGAGGACGAGGCGGACGAGAGCGAAAUUGAGGAUGACCUUGAGGCUCUCUGGUCAGGUCGAGCUUCGAGCACGAGCAGGCCCAGGAACUUCUUUGCCCCGGAUGAAGGAGAGGAAGACGAGGAGCAAGAGGAGCUUGGAGAUCUCGACGAAGAUGAGCUUGCGCAGUUGGUGGCAGAUGCAAAAGCUAGCUCGAAGGAAAAGCGCAAAGCCAAGGUGAAUGGUAAUGCCGAUCGAUCCACCGACACAAAGAAGGACCUCAAGAAAAAGAAGAGGAGGACAGAAGGUAAUGUCAGCGUUUCGAGCAACAAUGGCAAGAAGAAGGAGAAGAAGAAGGCCAGCGAGGCUCCUCUUGCCGGCUUAGCUGCCGACCUCUCCUCUGAUUCUCUCAACCUCGCUCCCCACACGGGCAAGAGGAAGCACGCCGUCCCCUCGACUACGCUGGGUACCACUUCCUCCAAUGGCGAAUCUUAUGGCGAAGCCACGUCUCUCUCUACUUCAGAAUUGGAAGACAAGGCCAACAAGAAGCGUUCGCUGCGCUUCUACACAGGUCAGAUGGACGCUACAGCGGCGAGGAGGGAAGCAGGAGCCAGGGAGAGAAUGGGUGGAGAUAACGAUAUUCCUUACCGGGACAGAGAGCGCAGUAGGCUUGCCGUGGAGCAAGCCAAGGCGGCCAAAGAGAGCAAGCUCAACGGCACUGCCAAGCACGAUACUGCCCUGGAUGGUGAGGAGUGGGGCGAGGGCGAUACUAGAGAUUGGAGGGAUGUCAUGGGCGUGGCUGGACAGGGCGCUCAGGCUGCUGGGAACGAGGAUGACGGAGAUGACUACUACGAUUUGGUCGCUGGCGGUAAGAAAGAGGCCAAGAGGGCCAGGAAGGAGGAGUAUGACGCUGAGCGAGAUGCAUCUAGAAUCAUCGAAGAGACUUCCCUCGAUCCAGGCACCCACCGUUCCCUCACCCGUCAAAUCGCCACCAAUCGCGGUCUCACUCCGCACCGCAAGCAAGAUCGCAAUUUGCGAGUCAAGAAGAGGAAGAAGUACGAAAAGGCCCAGAAGAAGCUCAGCUCUACCCGAGCUGUCUACACUGGUGGACAGGGCAGUCUACAGGGUGGGUAUAGUGGUGAGAGUAGUGGAAUCAAUACGGGAGUGGCGAAGAGUAGGAGGUUUGCGAAUUGAUUGUGGGGGGAGGAGUGCAGUAGGCGGGGCAGAGCGCUACACUGCAUCGCAUCGCAUCGCAUCUACACAAUAUCACAUCUUCAUUCGCAU